UCAGUGUGAUUGUGUCAUUUGUGUCAACCAACGCGUCGUAUUUCUCGUUUUCUCGUAAAAAUACGGGAUUUGUUUUGGAUUUAUUACGGUUUUUAGUCGAUUUGACCGUCUAAUUACUUAAUAAAGUCGCUAAAACACAAACCACUACACUCAUAAUGUUUAACAAUAUCAGUUCUAAUAGCAAAGAUUACCUGUAAAGAAGAUUUCUAAUUAUUAGUAAUCAUAAAAUAUUUUGUUUAUCCAACAUGGGUGACUCCGAGUUUGCUUACGGUUCAGCUCUGUCUAUAGAUUCUAUGAAAGUGAUAGCAGAAAGUAUUGGUAUCGCUAGCCUCGGAGACGAUGCAGCGAAAGAACUGGCGGAUGAUGUCACUUACCGGCUGAAAGUCAUCGUGCAAGAUGCUAUGAAGUUCAUGCACCACUCCAAGAGACAGAAACUCGCUAUCUCGGAUAUUGAUCAUGCCUUGAAAAUUAAAAACAUUGAGCCACAGUAUGGUUUCAUUCAAACAGAGUCUCUGCCAUUUAGAUUUGCAUCAGGAGGAGGUCGGGAGCUGCACUUUAUUGAAGAGAAGGAGAUAGACUUGUCAGAGAUCCUGUCUGCCCCUCCACCCAAAGUGCCACUGGAUGUGUCAGUGAGGGCACAUUGGCUCAGUGUAGAUGGGGUGCAGCCGACUGUGCCGGAGAACCCACCGCCAUUGUCCAAGGAGGCACAGAAGUUGGAGUCUGUGGAUCCCAUUACUAAACUCAACAAACCAGCUAACAAGGAUGCUGCAGGCAAGCCAGUGUGCGGCAAGGCGGCGCGGCUGAAAGCGUCCGAGUCCGUGCACGUGAAGCAGCUCGCCACGCACGAGCUCAGUGUGGAGCAGCAGCUCUACUACAAGGAGAUCACGGAGGCCUGCGUUGGCAGCGACGAGGGGCGACGGGCUGAAGCGCUGCAGUCCCUCGCGUGCGACCCGGGGCUGCACGAGAUGCUGCCGCGCAUGUGCACGUUCAUCUCGGAGGGCGUGAAGGUCAACGUGGUGCAGAACAACCUGGCCCUGCUCAUCUACCUCAUGCGCAUGGUCAAGGCGCUGCUAGAUAAUCAGACGCUGUAUUUGGAGAAAUAUUUGCACGAGCUGAUCCCGUCGGUGUCGACGUGCAUAGUGUCCCGGCAGCUGUGCAUGCGGCCCGAGAUGGACAACCACUGGGCGCUGCGGGACUUCGCCGCGCGGCUCAUGGCGCAGAUCUGCAAGACCUUCAACACCAGCACCAACAACCUGCAGACCAGGGUCACCCGUCUAUUCUCCCGCGCCCUGCAAUGCCCGUCACAAACCAACGACGAGAGCGGCGGCCCCUGCAUGAACUCGGCCACCAAGGACAGCGAGAAGACGCCGCUCGCCUCGCUCUACGGCGCCAUACAGGGCUUGGCUGAGUUGGGACCCGAGGUGGUUAAGGUAUUCAUCCUCCCGCGCGUCCGCUGGCUAGGCGAGCGGCUCGAGGGCGCGCUGGGCGGCGGCGGCGGCGACCGCCUCGCGGCCGGGAACCUCAAGACGCAGCUGCUGAAGGUGCUGGCUCCCGUGGUCAGGCAUCUGAGGCAGCCGCCUGAUGCUGUCGAUGAUUAUAAACGUGAAUACGGCUACCUCGGCCCCAGCCUACAACAGAUGGUGAUGAAGCUGCGCUCAUCUGUGCCGAGCAGCGGCGGCGGCGGCGGCGGCGCGGUGGCCGUGGUCACGUGCACGCCGCCGCUCGCGCCGCCCUCCGCGCCCAUCACCGUCACCGCCAGGCCAGCAGAUCCACCAGCGCCGCGCACGGUGGUGAUGGCGGCCCCGGCGCCGCCCACGCCGCCGCCGCAGAAGUUCGUCAUCGUGUCGCAGAAACCGCCGGGCUUGAACCAACCAGCCAGCAGUUCGGGACACAUUGUGAUGCACACGUCACAACCGACCAUUAUACGGAAUCAAAAUGUGCAGUCGGUGGUGGUGACGAGCGGGCCGGCCGCGCCGCAGAAGGUGGUGGUGGUAGGCGUGCCGCCGCAGCAGCAGCUCAGCCUGCAGCAUCUGCAGCACUCGCAGGCGCCAGUGUCCGUGGUCUCCAAGCCGGUGUUCGCGCGCGCGCCGGCCGCCGGCCAGCAGCAGCCGCCCGAGCUAGACGACCUGUCGCACCUCGCCUGACGGCCGACCAGGUUCCUCCUCAUCAACCAGAAGAGGCCGCAGUGAUGAGGGUAGCCAGUGAACGGUGUAGGGAUGACGGGACUUUGACCAAUGAGAAGGAAGGUUUUAGGAGUUGCGGAUGGACUGUGUUAAAACCGCGCGAUGCCAUUGGUGCGCGCUAUACCGCUCAGCUGGUAUUUGUCUAUUGAUGAAUGAAUGGUAUGAGAGGAUUCCUCAUAUCAUUCGUUCAAAAUGCGCAGAUGGCUAACGUUUUGGUAAAGUAACGUGGUUGGUCAUAUUUGAAUACGCUUGACCAUGGCGUAAUACAAUGUAGCAGCACUGUAGAUGUAGAGUGAUAAUCAUUAAAAAUAUUGAGAUAUUUACUCCUGUUUUGGAUUUGGAGUAGGUACUUGGAGGUUUCUGAAGUGAUUGUGGCUAAUUUAAAUGGGUUCGUGGGAAGAACUUUUGAACUAUAAUAUAAUUACUAUAAGAAUAUGUUUAUUGUAUAACAUCUAAUGUAAUUACAUAAGUGUACUUAGAAUACCUACACAUUUGAAAUACCCCUACCCUUAGGCCAGCCACCAUAAUCACAAUCCUACAUCGAUCGUGAUGCAAUUCUCAUGCAAAUAAAUGGCAUACAUUUGUACCAAGUAACAGGUUUCCAGGUAUAAUUCGAACAACUUUGAGACACUAAUAGACCUACUAACGAUCUAGGUUUCCUACCGGGCGCACUUAAGAUAAAUUAACCAAUCACAGAUCAAGAUUUGUGCAUUUGUUAUUUGAGUGUGAGUGGUGCAUUAGUGCAACUUUAGUUAUACCUAAAACUUGGUUGAAAUGACGGUGACUGACGACAUAAAUAUUUUAUGUAUUUCAUCG